AUGGAAAACAAGAAGGUCGACGACCCUGGCGUCGCCGGCGCCUUAGCCCUACGGCGUCUGGUCCGUAGCCCAACCGGCGGUCGUUUGGGUCCAAGGCGGACGUCGACAAUUGCUUCCCGCAGCAGCUGUUCAGCAUCCUCAGUGACUUCGUCCGUCGACGACGAGAUGCCGACUUCGUGUGUCUCACGCAAUACUUCGGGCGACGAGUGUGCCUUGCACAGAUUCAUUGUAUGGGCGGCCGUCAAACGCAAUGCCUGCCAGAAGAUGACCCCAGAGGAGCGGCGGGAGUGCCCGCUGCUUCGUUGCCGGAAGAGAUUCCCCAACCAUGAGCUGAUGCUCCAACACCUUUAUUCAUGCGACCACCUCGCCGGGGGGGAGUACUGGUGCUACGACUGCGAGAAGCCCGAGCAGCUCAGCGAUGUCAAGUGCAGACGCUGUCUGGGGCACCCGUCCAAGAGGAGGAAGAUUGUGACCAUGGCAAAGAGCUUCUUCAGCUCGUUGGGCCACAAGCCAAAGUCUCAGGGCCUUGCUCUGGCCGCCUCCAUGGGGAUAGGCACAGGCACAGGCACAGUGGCCAGCAGCGGCGGCAGCAGUGGGGGCGAGGACGAGCAAGAGCCUCCGAGCUACGAGUCCGUCUUCACGCCCGCUACGCCUAUGCCUCUGCCUCCGCAGGCCGAGCUCUUCUCGACCGAGAUACAUGAGAUCGGUUCGAGCGAGGUGCUGCUCCCCACUAUCCCGGAGUGUGAGACCGAGACAGAGGCUAUACCCGCCCCUGGGAUGGUCCCCUGUCUCCCCCCAUCCACAUUCCCCAUCUCACCACCAGGCUCCCACCCGGGAGCCGUACCGCUGCCGUCGACUAUGGAAGCAGAUUUCAUAAAUUGGAGGCCGUCACCACCAUCUCCCCCAACUGUGGCGCCACAAAGCCUCAUGAAGCCCAUGAAUGCAAGGUUGGUUGAUCGUCCAACACUGCAGGUCAACACACACCUGGACCAGUUUCGAGGUCCUCAGGCCAGCCGUCGAAGCAAGGUGCUGGCCCCGAGCUCUUCUGUCCGGUCGACCGCCAGCACAGACAGCACCGAUAGCACCAAUAGCACCGCCAGCUAUAACAUCUCGCCCAUGUCGGGCUGGUCCAGUGGAUGGACAAAGACAUCCGGCUUCGAGUCAGCCUUGACGUCACCUGACGACCUCAUUAGUCCUCAGAGCCUCCUGCCCUCGGGUCCCUUUACUACUUCUACUACUAAUACCAUCUCGACAAGACCUAUUCCCUUUAGCAACUCAGAGUUUGAAAACAUGGUUGCCAACUCGUGUCCGUCAGAGCUUCCUGCCGACAUUCCCAUGUUUGAUGACAUUCCCACCACCAUGGAUCCUCAAAAGACUCAAGCUCACAUGAGCCUGGACCAAUCUGCCUUUUCAUUCAACACCGAUAUACCAUUCCAAAUGCCGAUUGGACCUCCGUUACCCUCAACCAACUCCAUCAACCUUGCCCCAACAUCACAACUAUCACCACCCCCACCGCCGUCGUCACAACAACAGACUUCUGAGCCAGCUCUGCUACACAAUACCUCCUCUUCUGGCCUUCCAACUAUUAGGUACUCGCAGUCUCUCGCCAGCUCAGUCCAAGACGCACUACGGAUGCACAUUGCCGACUCUAGGAACAAACUCGAGACUAUCAACCAGAAUGCUCUGGUGAAGAAGCUAUGUCAGAUGUCUCUCUCCUCUGUCGCGGCAGCCGGUCUGGAAACAAUGGCAGACGUCAUAGAAGGCCGCCAAAAUGCAACACCUCUGGAUCUCUUAUGCUUUGUCCACAUCGUCUUCUCUCUGUCUCUGGUGAUCCAUGAACACGACGCCUCAAAACAUGCUGCCGCUCUCUUCAAGCAGGCACUUUUGUAUAGCAGCUGGUUCUCAGAACCUGAGCGGACAUUGUUUAUUGAAGUCGUCAUCACCCUUUGGGAGCACAGUGAAGUAGACAACGCCGAGAUCAUCCAACUAUUGCAAUCAAGCCCACCCAUCCCGGACUCAAAGGGCAAGCAACCGGAAUAUUCUCUGCAUGGAUUAAGGUCUGAUCCGUUGGUAUUGCUCGCGGCAUAUUUUUUGGAUGAGCUCGAGUACGAAACGCUACGUGAACGCAGCUAUAGAACACAGCCCUCUGAACUUGCCGACCAGCACUACAAGGACAGCCUUGCAGCGAGUGCCGAUUCUCCGUUUGCCAUUGCCGCUAGAUUCAUGAUUGAAAAUAUCUUUUCUCAUGAAUAUUCUCAUUUCCCAGGAUCUGAACUUGGCAUGGAUCAACUUAUUGGCCAGGUCAACUCUGGUGGAGUGGGAACCGUGCGGCGGCUGGAGCUGGAGCUGAUGCAAGCCGGGAAGACCUAUCUCCCGUCCGAUGUGUACUUUGACGAGUUCAUCGAAGUGAUUCGACAGAAUACCGAUCAGCUAUACGCGCAAAGACCAUUUUCCUGCUCUCGGUCAACUUAUCAUCGAUGCGGCAUCCAACUCAUGAAAUCGCUUAUUAGUGAGCCUGGCAGAAACUCUGAAGUUGUGCCUGUUCGGACAGGGGUAGAAGCAUCCGGCCUUUCCACGGAAGCACUCGAUACCAUCAUGUACGGCUUCGAUUUUGAGUCCAUGGUGAAUUUCAACCCAGAGGUCGAUGUUGAUAUGCCUGAGUCGGCGUCUGCGGCUGGGGCCCCACUCAUGGGCGCGGCAGAGUGGACGUCGGAGCCAACGGUCGAGUCAGCAGCGUUUGCAGCUACGCCUGCAGCGCCUCUGGGCAUGGAAGAUCCGCUGAUAUCGCCGAAUGCCCCAGCAACAGAGCCGCCUUCAGCGACAGCAACAGCAGCAGCAGCAGCAGCAGCAACGGCAACGGCAAAGGUCGAGUCUGACAGCUGCUGCGAGAUAUGCGGCUACCGGCCCAAGGGCGAUCCUAGGUGGUUUGUGGGCAGCAUGGCCAAGCAUAUGAAGACGAUACACAGCGAGAACCCGCAGAUAUUCCGAUGCCCGUAUCCCGGCUGCACGAGCCAGUACAGCAAACGCGCGGAUAACCUACGACAGCACCAGAUCGAAAAGGGACACUUUGUCGAUGGCGAGGGGAACCAGGGCAAGCGGCCGCGUAAGAGGAAACGUCCGUCGGACGGUGGUGGUGAUUGA